GGACGGAGGGGCCCCGAGCCACGACAGCAGCGAUGAUCGGAGUAACGAGGACGGCGCAGCCGCCUGCAGCGUGUUACCGUUCCCAGAGACCGCUUCCCCCGUCUCUGAGUGAGGGCCUUGCAAACAGUAAAGAUUUAAUAAAUACUUGUUGAAUCGAAUUAAGAUUUGAGAGGUGAAAUGAUUUGCCUGGAGAGAUAGCUAAGCAGAUCCUAGAGAUGGCAUUCAGACCCCCAUGUCCUGACUCCAAGUCUUGUGCUCUUUCCACUAUAACAGGCUUCCUCUCUAGGAGAAGUUCUCUCAUAGGUACCCAGAGGCAAGACAUUGUUGUCUUGGGAAACACAAGUGUCCAGUGCCCAGAAGUGUCAGCGUCCAGAGCACGAGUCAGAAUUAAAUUGCUCUUGUGACUCAGAGUGUGGUGAUGGCUACAACUCCGGGCACGCAGGUCCAGGCCUCACUGGACCCAGAGGGGCUCCUGAUAGUAAAGGUGGAGGAGGAUUCCUCCUGGGAGCAGGAAGCUCCUCACCCCAAGGAGGACACCGACUCGGAGAUCUUCCGUCAGCGCUUCAGACAGUUCCAUUACGGAGAGGCAGAUGGGCCUCAUGAGGCUUUCAGUCAGCUGUGGGAACUCUGUUGUCGGUGGCUGAGGCCAGAAAGCCGAACAAAAGAGCAGAUUCUGGAGCUGCUGGUCCUGGAGCAGUUCCUGACCGUCCUGCCUGGGGGCAUCCAGGGUUGGGUGAGGAAUCGAUGUCCAGCAAGUGGAGAGGAAGCUGUAGCCAUGGUGGAGAACCUGCAGAAACAACCCAGAAACCCACUGCAGCAGGAAGAGCCCUCAGAGGAGACGGAGACUCAGGGAGGAGUUCGGGGGUCCUCGGGCCUCCUGCUGGCACAGGGGGAGAACCAGGCCAAGGGGGUAUCUCAAGAGGAAGGGGCAUGGAGCCGAAACCCAGGAACAGAAUCCCAGGAACAGAGGAGCUGUGGCUCUCAACCUGCUUCCCGGCUUCCUGCCCUUCUAAAGGAGGGGAGCACCAGAGAGAUGGUAGAUGCUUUCUUUUCCUCUGGGAUCCAUGGACCAGUGUCAUUUGGAGAUGUGCCCUUUUAUCUCUCUCGGGAAGAAUGGGGGUGUCUGGAUCCUGCUCAGAGGGACCUCUUCUGGGACAUGAAACGGGAGAACUUCCGCAAUGUCUCUCUGGGUUUGGGGAUCAAGCACCAGGCUAGUAUGAAAGAAGUAGAGCCACUGCCUGGCAGAUCUGGAGGUGACGUGCCCUGGAGCACUGAGGAGGGUGAAGUCUGGGAAAGUGAGAAUCGACCUGACCCAGAGCUGGGGCAAGAGCGCCCCAUGGGGGUGAAACGAGGACGCCCUCCCACACGCCGGAGACAGUUCCGAGACUUGGCAGCUGAGAAGCCCCACAGCUGCCAGCAAUGUGGAAAACGCUUCCGUUGGGGCUCAGACCUGUCACGGCACCAGCGCACCCACACGGGUGAGAAGCCCCACAAGUGCCAGGAAUGUGAGAAGAGUUUCCGCAGCUCCUCAGACCUGGUUCGCCACCAGGGCGUCCACACAGGUGAGAAACCUUUCACCUGUACUGAGUGUGGCAAAAGCUUCAGCCGAAGUGCAUACCUCACUGACCACCAGCGUAUCCAUACCGGUGAGAAGCCUUAUGAGUGCACUGAAUGUGGCAAGAGCUUCUCUCUCCGCUCCUACCUGCUAGACCACCGCCGAGUACACACUGGUGAGCGUCCCUUUGGCUGCAGCGAAUGUGACAAGAGCUUCAAGCAGCGGGCGCACCUCAUUGCCCACCAGAGCCUUCAUGCAAAGAUGGCCCAGUCGGUGGGAUGACCGUGGCUCUCUCCAUGGAGGGGGAGCCUCCAGGUGGAGAGGAGAUCCAGAAGGAAAGCAACAAAAGACUGCUCUGACCACCCAGCGUUGAUGACAGGGCCCGCCUGAGCACACUCCAAAAUGUCUGGAAAUUCCCCUUUCCAAUUAAAGGUCAUUCUUGCCCCCUUAAGAUACCAUGAGGAUCUCUUCAGCCUUUGUUUCCCUAAAGUUAUGUUGCAGCCCUUCCUCCCACCUACAGCCCUUCCUAUUGACUUCGGUCAAACAAAGAAAACUUGACUGUGACAAGAAACUAGAGGCACUUCUAUUUCCUUGGUCCCCUUGAACUUCAUCUUCAGAAACUUGCAGAACAUAUGCAUCCAUCCAUAUUCCUCAAAACCAAGAAAAUAAUUUUGCGACCUUUUAAAAUUUAUUUUUCCCUUC